AUGGGGGAAACACCGCACCUGCCAGCGUUCCUGGGAGCCGGCCUCUCCCUCGUCUGCUUCUGCCUCCUCCUGCGCUGCGCGAUGCACUGCCAUCGGAGCAAGAAGCACUGCCUGCGUGAAAGGCACCUGUGGGCUCCGGUCCAGGCCGUGGUGGAUCCAGGGCUGGGUGUUCCUUCCCGCAUGUCCGUGGUGGCCAUCCAGCAGCGAUUCCCGGAGCGCCGAGCGGAUGGGCAGGAUCCCCGCCCUGCAGCUGUGCCCACCUGCCCCGGCCCACCCGAGGACGUCCUCCGGGGCCACGCCGUCCUGCCCAGCACGCCCCUCUCCCAGACUCCGAGCCCAGUGGUCCAGCCCCCGCCGCGAGGCACCGUCUCGGGUGCCCGCAUGCCGGGCGACGCCAGCAGCCUCCUCCCCAGUUCCGGGGGGGGGGGAACCAGCUCCCCCCGGCCCCACACGCUUCCAGGAGGCCCUUCCGGCCCGCUGCUGAAGCCACAGCCGUGCCUGCGCUUCACGCUGCUCUACGUGCCCCCCGCGGCCACGCUGACCGUGACGGUGGUGGGGGUCUCCCACCUGCCCAAGGGCCCCCGGGCGAGCCGGGACUCCUACGUCAAGGUCCGCCUCCUGCCAAAGCCCGCCGCGCCCCGGCGGACCGCCCUGUGCCGCAAAAGCCUGAGCCCCGAGUUCCGGGAGCAGUUCCACUUCGGCCUCCGCAGCCCCGAGGAGCUGGCCAGCCUCACGCUGCGCUUCGCCGUGUAUGCCAAGCGAUCCCACAGCCUGAAGGACUCGUUUCUGGGGGAGGCGCUGUUCCCGUGCUCACAGGUGGCCUGGAGCCGCGGGGUGUCCGCUGCCUUCGCGCGGGAGCUGUCGGCCACCAAAACCAAGCUCGGGAAGUGUCGGAGCCCCCGGGACACGGCCUGUGCCUUGGCAGCCCCCCAGCCCACGUCGGCGGGGCAGCUUUUUCUCCUGCUCCAGUACCAGGCCCUGGCCAGCCGCAUCAAAGUUCUGGUCUGCAAAGCAGAGAACCUGGGACGGCUCACCCGCCUCCCGGGGACACCAGACCACAGCGUUCUGGUCCGCCUGUACCACGAGGGCGAGGUUCUCGCCACGAAGGAGACCAAGGCCGUGGUGGGCUACAGCCCCGUGUGGAACGCCCCCUUCCUCUUCAGCAUCCCCGCUGGAGACAUCUGGGAGCAGCGGCUGUCGCUGGAGUUCACGGUCGUGCAGGCUCGCCUCUGCGCCUGGACCUGCACCGUGGGCCGAGUCCUGAUCGGUGCUGAUGCCCCAGGGAUGGGGCAGGUCCACUGGAAGGAGAUGUGCAGCCGGGGAAACGUGGAAUCCGCCCGCUGGCACGCGAUCCGGCCGGACAGGCCCCAGCUGAGCCCGUGAGACACACGCCUGGCGUUUCC